AUGGUUGGAACAAAGAUCCUGCUGGUCUCCAUCAGUCCCCAUCACCCUCCAUCACUCGCCAUCACCCUCCAUCACUCCCCAACAGUCUCCGUCGCCCUCCAUCACCCGCCAUCACUCUCCAUCACUCCCCAUCACCCUCCAUUAAUCCCCAUCACCCUCCAUCACUCACCAUCACCCUCCAUCACUCCUCAUCACUCUCCAUCACUCACCAUCACCCUCCAUCAAUCCCCAUCACCCUCCAUCACUCACCAUCACCCUCCAUCAAUCCCCAUCACCCUCCAUCACUCCCCAUCACCCUCCAUCACUCCCCAUCACUCUCCAUCACUCCCCAUCACCCUCCAUCAAUCCCCAUCACCCUCCAUCACUCACCAUCACCCUCCAUCACUCACCAUCACCCUCCAUCAAUGUCCAUCACCCUCCAUCACUUUCCAUCACCCUCCAUUAGUCUCCAUCACUCACCAUCACCCUCCAUCAAUGUCCAUCACCCUCCAUCACUCCCCAUCACCCUCCAUCACUCCCCAUCACUCUCCAUCACCCUCCAUCACUCACCAUCACCCUCCAUCAAUGUCCAUCACCCUCCCUCACUUUCCAUCACCCUCCAUUACUCUCCAUCACUCACCAUCACCCUCCAUCAAUGUCCAUCACCCUCCAUCACUUUCCAUCACCCUCCAUCACUCCCCAUCACCCUCCAUCACUCCCCAUCACUCUCCAUCACCCUCCAUCACUCACCAUCACCCUCCAUCAAUGUCCAUCACCCUCCAUCACUUUCCAUCACCCUCCAUUACUCUCCAUCACUCACCAUCACCCUCCAUCAAUGUCCAUCACCCUCCAUCACUUUCCAUCACCCUCCAUCACUCCCCAUCACCCUCCAUCAUUCCCCAUCACUCUCCAUCACCCUCCAUCACUCACCAUCACCCCCCAUCAAUGACCAUCACCCUCCAUCACUUUCCAUCACCCUCCAUUACUCUCCAUCACUCCCCAUCCGUAUCAUCACCCUCCAUCACUUUCCAUGGGUCUCAAUCACUCCCCAUCAGUCUCCAUCACUCUCCAUCGGUCUCCAUCACCCCCCCAUCAGUCUCCAUCACCCUCCAUCGGACUCCAUCACCCUCCAUCGGACUCCAUCACCCUCCAUCAGUCUCCAACGGUCUCCAUCACUCUCCAUCACUCUCCAUCACUCCCCACCAGUUUCCAUCACCCUCAUUACUCUCUGUCACUCUCCAUGGGUCUCAAUCACUACCCAUCAGUCUCCAUCAAUCUCCAUCACUCUCCAUCGGUCUCCAUCACCCCCCAUCAGUCUCCCAUCACCCUCCAUCACCGUCCAUCACUGCCCAUCAGUCUCCAUCACCCUCCAUCACUCUCUAUCACCCUCCAUUACUCUCCAUCACUCCCCAUCAGUAUCCACCACCCUCCAUCACUCCCUAUCAGUCUCCAUCAACCUCCAUCACUCUCCAUCACUCCCCAUCACCCUCCAUCACCCUCCAUCACUCCCCAUCAGUCUCCAUCACUCCCCAUCACCCUCCGUCACUCCCCAUCACCCUCCAUCACUCCCCAUCUUUCUCCAUCACCCUCCAUCACCCUCCAUCAGUGUUCAUUACCCUCCAUCACUUUCCAUCACCCUCCAUUACUCUCCAUCAGUCUCCAUGA